AGUGACGCAGUGGUCGUUGAGCUAGUAGUAUGUGUUUGCAGCCAAUGUUACCCCUGUAAUAGCGUCCCGUUAUCUUUGUCCUAUUGAAGGAUCCAGUGUGUCUUUCGAGUUGUUUGUCAUUUAUUUGUAUAUAACUUCAGACUUGCUGCACAAUCGCCAAUAAUUUACAUUUCACGAUAUCUUAAUCUUUUUUUCAUUCUCUUGAUAUAUCCAGAAAUACGCUGACGGUGAUAAGCGUGAUUCAAUUGGCACUGACUUUCCUUCACGGAAGAAUUGAUGUAAGAGAUCACAGUAAGUUAUGUUUCGUAUCCCAAAAACAACAAUGCCUGUGACUAUUGUAGCCACAAAAAAGCCCAAACAAAUGCAAACGUGCUUAUAUUCAUCUUAUGAAUGCUCACAACCUUGUCUUGAUGGAUAUACUUAUUGCGCCAAGCAUAUUCUUGAGGAUCCAAAUGCACCUUUCAAGCAAUGUGGUUUUGUAUAUAAUAGUAAUGGCAGAAAAUGUCAAAAUCCUGCACCAAAAUUGGAUAGAAGAGAUAUUUUAUAUUGUAAUGAGCAUGCUAGAAAAGCCCAAAUAGCACGUAUAAAAUCUACAGCAAAACAUUCUUUACCACAGACACCUGAAAUGCUCUUACUUAAUUUAAGUCACUAUGUUAAGAAAACAGAUUCAAGUACUGAAGAUACCGAAGAUGAAGAAGGAAAAAUCAAAGCAUUAGACCCUUUUACUGAAGUUGAUGCAUACAGAGUAAAUGCAAGUGGAAGUGAUAUUUUGGAUUAUGCAAGUUCCUCUGAUAGCGAUAUUGAACCUACAACAGUGACUGAUACUUUAAAAGGAAGUUAUCUUGAUGAUAGUGAUAAUGAAAGUUUAUACAGUGCACAAGAAGAUCCUUUAAAUAUUAAUUUUUUAAGGCAUGCUGGAAUUUUUACUGCUGAGGAGGUGAUCUACAUUGCGCGAGAAAAACUAAUUAGACUGCAAUCACUUUACAUAGAUCAGUAUAGAAGACUACAGUACAUAUUAAGAGAGAAAAGACGAAAGUAUCUACAUGCCCUUAAAAAGGAAAAGGAAACAUUAUGUAGUAUACAUGACCAACCAAAAGAAACUGCAAAAGAAAAGAAAAUUUAUGAAAAAUUAAAAGCCUUAAAUCGUUAUCAUAGACGAAGUGGAGUUGAAGCUAUAUUAUAUAGAAAAUCUUUAGAACGUAGAGCACAGGCAACUGAAGGACCCACUCAAAAAAUACCAAGUAUAUCAAAAUGUAUCUUUACAGAAGGUGGAGUAAAAUGUGGAGAGAGAACUCUUCCUGCUGCAAAACAUUGCCGCAAACAUAUCCUUAAAGAUCAACAUCAAGUUUUAUUCAAAGCAUGUGGAGCAAUUCGAGCAGAUAUAGAGUGUCAUGAACCAGUACCUGUAAUUUUUGAUACAAAUUGCGUGUUUCACAUGAACUUACCAUCUGAAUGUAAAUUAGAAACUAUGAAGUUUAAAGAAUCAAAACCUGAAGCACAGGAAAUGUCAGCAACAGAUAAUCAAUCUGUGGAAAUUGAUGUAGUAGGAGAAAUUCAAGAAAUUGAUCCAGACGAUGAUAUGGCAGGAUUAAUGAGAGAGAUGAGUGAUGCUGCACAUAUGAAACCAGUAUUUAAUGAAAGUUUAAAUAGUGAAGCUAGCACAGAUACAGCUUUUAGUUUAUCAGCACAGAUGAGUGAUAGAGAUGAUCUUGUUUCUGUGUGACAAGCUCUUUUUCUAUGACUUCAAAUCAUAGAUUAAUGUUUGUUGUUACAUAAUUAUGCAAAUUUUAUUUAUGAAUUUUAUUCAACUUAACUAUAUUCUUAUCUGUAUAUUAAGUGCCUAAAAUUAAAAGUGAUAUGAACUCAAACAUGAAUAUUGUGUGACAACAAAGGAUGUGUAUCAUUCAGAAUAAUAGUGGUGUAUCUCCAAUUUUAUUACAAACAAAACUAUACCACAUACAUGUUCAAGACAAUUUUAAGUAUUAGUAUAACAAUGAAGUUCCUCCAUAUGUACUACAUUUACCAUAUUAAAAUAUUGAUAACAUUUCAUUACUUGUUUUAGGUCAUCCCAUAAGUUCGUGUCGACUUUUGUGUAUACAUUUCAUGUGUCGAUUUAUAAACAUACGGCGAUAAGGGACCAAUGCACUU